AAUUAGCAAAGUAUGGGCGCUAUAAUGUAUAUGUAUAAUAACUUUAGGUUAGGACAAUAACAAAAGACUGCAAAGAUCAAACCAAAAACUGAUAACCAAGUCUGAAGUUUAGGGUUUCUUUUUUCCGGUUUCAUGACGUUUCAUGAAGUUUCACAACUGUUACUUCCUGUGAGCAACAGUGGGUUCCUUAUUCUGACAGACUCGGGGCCCUAUGCCUAAUUUAACUGCUGCUUUCAGAACAGUGAGCACAACUAUGACGGUGGUAAAACCAGUUUAGACACAUCAUAAUUCUGAGAAGACAACAAUGGAAGGAUUGCACUUAGCCUUUGUUCUGGUUCUGUGGAUGCUGCCCCUGGGAUUGAAUGCCACUGUGACACCUGAACAGCUCACCCACUCCACCAGUUCAAGGAAUGAUGAAGUCAUUUUAACUGACCAGACCAAAUCCUUUACACUGGACCAACAAAACCACACCCUGAAAUCCAGCCAAAACCCUGAAGCUACAAUAGAACUGUCAACUCAAACUUGGAUCUCUGACAACCAUUCAAGGCCACUCAUUCAAACCAGACCAGGAACAACCAUUCCAGGGAUGGAAUCAUACUUCAACAUCUCCACAAAGACAAUCCAACCCAACACAACCAAAGACCAAUCAGGAGUGACAUCAGUUGUGGUUGUGCGAGGACAAGACUUGAAGAGAGAUUCAAGUACAACAGCCACUGAAGAUCCUUUCUCAUACACCCCAUCACAAGUUUCAAUCCUGGAAAUGACGACCACCUCGACAAAAUCCAUUGAUGAACAACCAACAGACCAGCCUGCUGCUACAACCUCAGACUCGACUGACCCUGGUUCAACCGUCAUGUCUGAAACAAACCCUACAACACCAACCACAGUGAGUAAGGCUGUUGACAUGACUACCAGCACCAAGGGCCUCAUCACUCAAGUGGUCAACACUGAUAUGACAGUAAUUGUUUCCACUACCACUGCAGUCACAACAAAAAGAGAACCAAUUGAUCGACCAACAAAGGCAACAAAUCAGAAAAAACCCAAAGAGGCGGGUAAGCAUGGCACAGUGGUGGCGGUACUGAUCGGGGGAUCAAUAAUAAUUAUGAUGCUCGGUUUUGUCGUAAUUUUCAUAAGGAAACGAAGGCGACAGAGAAAACAGAUGAUGAACACAGAAUGGGCUGGCCCCUCCCCUUUUCUGGACGGUGUAGUUGAUGAUGACGACAACGGACAAGUCCACUUAAGAGGAUCACAGCGUAUUUCUUUAGCGGGAUUCCUGCCUCAGAGGUUGUCCACGAGGCUGUCUUUGCUUCGGGAGAAAAAUACAGACUACAACAUGGAGGAUAUUCCACAAAGUACAUUUGGAAGGGAGUUAAGUGCUGGACAGGUGGAACCAAGCAAUGAGACCAAUUUGGGAGCAAAAGAAAUCAAGGAUCAGGAAUCUCCAAUUUCAAUCUCUCCAACGAUCCCAUCAACCGACCAUGAUAGUGAUCCCAAGACACCUGCUACCACUGAAGACACAGCCUCAAAUUCAGACCACUUAGUUGUUCACCCUCUUUCACCACCUAAAGACUCUCUACCUUUGAUGGACGUUGACCUGAGUCCCCAUCCUGAUGCCAUCCCCAGUGUACCAAACACGGCUGGUGCCAUUGUUCCCCCUGCUCCCCCUUUACUCAUGUCCACAUAUGAACUAUCAUGACAAAAAAUGAUGGCGUUGUCUCCGUGGUGUCUAUGCUUUUCCCUGUAGCCACAGUCAUGCACCUGAAUCAGCAUCUGUUUGCUUUGUCUAAAAGUGAGACUUAUUUUCAAGUAGUAGUUAAGAAGUGCAUUUAUUGAGAACAAGAAAAUGUCUACUGAGAUAGGGCUGUCUAUUGUUUUAGCAACAGGACCAAAUUUGAAUUCACUGCAUACAGGCCUUAGUGAUGUGCCUUUAAAAAUAUUUCAAGUUUCUGAGAACUGAAAACAGGAAGGCAACACACAGCAGAUGGAAAUUACAAUUGUUCUCUUCUGCCAAGAAACCACAAUAUAUGACCUGAAGAACUGCAACCAAAUACAAUUUUCUCCAACAAAAGAGAAAUAUUGACAUAUUUACACAAAACAGAUGUACUGAAAUACCAAGUGGGGUUUAUGUGUUACACUGCUUUAUGCUAAGCCUGGAACAUUCUGUAAAAAACCUCUGUUGCACAGGUUCAGACCACAAUUCAUUCCUGGUGGAUGGUGAUUGUCAAACGCCACUGCCUCCCUCCCUCCUCCAGCCCCGAAGACCAGCUACCAAACCACAGCACCUGCUUUAUCCUCCUCUAUAAAGUCUGUCACCCGGAAGAUACAGCAGCUAUCAAUUCAGAGCUCUGUCACUCUCUUCCCCUCUUCACACUAAGAGAAAAAUGUACAGACAAGAAAAUUAGGAACAGAAAAAUGACUUGAGAGCUUGUGUUGUUUCUUGUUUUUGUGAGUGUCUGUGCUUGUAUCUAAGUAAAUGAGUGAAUGAGAAAGGGCAGACGAUAGAAGCUAAUUAUAAAACCACACAAGUAUUUUCAGUUUAGACAACGUCUGUCACAUCUGACUUUUUAAAUCUGAACAAUGCAUUGACUGCACUCCAUUCUAUUCAUUCAAACAAAGAUGAUGUAGUUAAUGAGCUAGAGCGUAGUGGUAUGACUAACCCAACAUUUAACUUUGUUCCGAUGUAGGGGUUAGUCACUUUAAGAAAAAGGUGUGAAUGACUAUUUCCUUCCAGAAAACGAACAGUUUAUGAAAACAACAUUUACAUUUCAAACAACUGUGCCAGGGGAUUAUUCAUCUAUUCAUAUCUGUAUCUCAAUCGGAAGUAGAACGCUGAUAUAGGUUUGGCAACAGUAACUCUUCAAGCACCAGUAACUCUUCUAGCCCUUUCCUCUACUAGCAAAGCUGCCUGGUGUUUCCAUGCAGCUGCACACUUUUGAUUGGUGUUGCUUCCUCCUUUAUGAGUUCCCUUUCUGAACAGAUGUGCGUGAAUGGACCACCAAGGUCUACUUUGUAAUCUAGUCUGGCCAUAACUGAACCAUUUAGCCUCCUGCAGUAGCAGCAAAACCAGCAGACUGACUCCCUCACAUGCAAUGCAUGGCCUCAGGUAACAAAAUGAUGACUCGUCUCACCGCAAGCUGGUCGGUGGUCCAACACAACUAUCCUGUGUGUGUUUGUGAUUCCAUGAGGGAAACAAGCACACCUACACAAAGAUACAUUUAUGAGAGACAGGACUGUAAGGUUGGGUGGACUGUACCCUUUGGUCUGGGUGAAGUGAAACAAGGAGCAUUGCAGAGCAGAAGGGGGAGCGAAGUAGACAUUUGAGUCACAAGACAUUCACCAUUAGCGUAGUCUUAGAUAUCUGGCACUGUGUCAAAGAGUGGCCCUGACAGUAAACCUUUUUCUGCGAGGGCCAGAUUAUUUUUCCUUUCUUUAAUGUGGGGCUGGGUCGGUCUGUAACAGAAAAUGACAUGGGCUGGAGCAAGGCCAUAACCAUGGAGUCAACAUUGGGGGGGAAGAAAUCUGAUGGGGAGUCUGAGGGUCCUGCCCUGAGAACUUUUUUAAUUUUUCAAAAUUAAUUUAUUAUUAUAUUUGGUUGACUGUCGUAGUGGAGCACAUCAUAUUUUAUUUAUAUUUUUAUAUCAAUAUAUUGAGGGGAGGGGGGGACCCGAUUUGAAUAUGGGAGGGGGAUUAUGAUUACAGCCCUGAGCCGGAGUGACUACCAGUAUUAUUGUGGAGAUUUUAUUAUGAUUUUAAAUGUAUCCAUUAUGCUAGAUUAGUUUAUUAUUUUGUUAUGCACCGUACAUCCGUGCAUAUCAAGGGAUAUAUAGCCUAUUAAAAGAGCAUUAUUACUAUC